AUCCACUUGGCCAAUUCUGAGAUUGACCAAGUAAAAAUAUCAACCAAAAUUGGCACGUACUCACUUGCUCAGCCAAGAUUGUAUUGGACCCGCCAGAAUUUAGCAUUUCCGAUCGCGUAAGAAUCUCCUUCACCUUUCUCCCUGUACCUGUUUGUCAUCACCGACAGCCCACGAGGAAUGUACAUAUUUCACAUAAAUGCCAGCGGCAGAUUUAGACGUACAGACGAUGCAUGAAAGGGGAGAAAAGUCAGCGCACUCAAAUUCAGAUUCAGAUUCACAUGCUAUGAUUCGAAGAGUUCCUUCCACAAUUAGCGUUUCAUGUACUCUCUCAAUUCGCCAAUUGUACUUCUUCACAGUUUCGUUAUGAUUUAUGCACUUUGAAUUCGUAUCCUCAAAGAGUCAUCUAUUGGUCACACAGCUAUCAAUUUGAGUGAAUUCAAAGAAAGGUUUUGUUUGAACUAUUGUCGAUUUUCAGCUUUGUGCAAAGUUAUGUUUCAAGAUAAUGGGAAUGCUUCUAAAAGAAAAUUCCCUUUGAAUUUGUAAUGAUAUGGAACAUUCGAAAGAUGAUAUUGGGCCUAUGGAGGCAUCGAAUACCAACUCUCCAUGGUGGCCAGAUGAUUUUAUGGAAAAACUACAGUCGGUUUCUGUUACUUCUUCUGCGGAAACCUCAGACAGAAAUGGAUUAAGUAACACUAAUCAGCUAGAGAGCUCAGCACCUAAGAGAGCAUCACAGAUUCUGUGGGGAACUGGAAAACUUUCUGAACCCAUUCCGGAUGGUUUUUAUUUCGUCAUCCCGGAAAGAAGAUUCAAGGAACUUUUUGACACUGACCCGUCUUUAGAAGACCUUUUGGCUUUAGAUGUAGAGGGUCUCAGACCUAAUGUUAUUCUUGUUGAUACACUUAAAGAUAAGAAGCUUUCCAUGCUAAAGCAACUGUCCCAUACUUUAGUGAAAGGAUUGAGUGCCAGCCCUGCUGCAGUAAUAAAGAAGAUAGCUGCAUUGGUUUGUGAUUUUUAUAAACGCCCAAAGUACAGAACAAACGCACUCGAGGAGGUUUCUCAAGCUCUGGAUAGUCAAGGCAUCCAUAUGCUCUGCCAGAUGAAGAGCAGGCACUAUCAUUCCCAGGCAAUUUUGUUUAAAGUCCUUGCAGAUACUGUUGGCAUUGAAUGCAAGCUAAUUGUGGGUCAUCACAGGGAAGGAAUAAUGGAGCGGGAUUAUACAUAUGAACCUAUGUCUGUGAUAGUAGUUCUAAACUCAGUGGAAUUUCUGGUUGAUCUUGCGCGUUCUCCAGGAAAAUUGGUCCCUUUUACAUCACACUCACUUUUUCUCUCUCACAUAUGUUCUAGCCAUGACAUAAAUUCUGUAGAAAGCAAUUCAUACAGUUCUCCCAUUGAACCCAACAGCCCUAUGUGUCUUGCCUCGGACCAAACAGGCAUUGAUAGAAUUUCUUCUGGAGAGAGCAUCCAAGCAUCAUAUCAGCAUAAACUAGAAGCAUCAACAAAUGUGUCCACUCCAUCUCUAUCACACCGGAAGCUGCAACCGCAGUCUAUGAUUGAUGGCUCAUCACAAAGUGAUCCGGAUGUUGCCCAUUCCUUUUGGUGGCACAAUAGGAAGAAAACAAUAUCUGAGCAACGGGCGAACAGUCCAAGUCCAGAGCAUCUUUUAUUUCGUGGGCAGAGAAGAUCUAUUCUUGGUGAUAGAAGAUGUUCUAUCAAAGGAUAUUGUGAUGACACAAGCACAUCAAGAUCUGCUGGUGCAUCACCAAUAGGAGCACGUAGAAGAAGAAGACGGUGUGUUAGCAUGAUUCCAGAGAUCGGUGAUAAUAUUGGCUGUGCGAGCAAUGAGUGAAGCUGUCAAACAAAACCGACUACCAAGGGAACAAGAUGGCUCAGCUCUUGAUUUAUCUGCAGAGAAGAGAGAUGAUGACGACGACAAUGAUGAUUCAAAUACCCCAGCAUGUGCUCUGAGGUUCCAUCCUGAUGAUCAUGAAGAGGUUAGUGGUGGCAGUAGCCAAGCGUAUCAUCUCCAGCGAAACCAAAUAAUAAGUUCUCAAAAAACAAUCUCAUUGCCCUCAUCCCCUCAGUUUAUUAAAACUCAGGUCCGUAGAAGAGCCGAUCGAUCAGGAGUUUCAAGAAGUCCUCAUAUGAUCUCUAGAUUUGAUAGAGUACUGGAAUCUUCGAAACUUGUGAACCAGCCACUAUUACCGUUCGAGGAGUGGAAUAUCGAUUUUUCAGAAGUAAACAUUGGAAUACGUGUUGGAAUUGGCUUUUUUGGGGAAGUCUUUCGUGGCAUUUGGAAUGGGAUAGAGGUGGCAGUAAAAGUUUACCUCGAACAAGACUUGAGCCAAGAAAAUAUUGAAGAUUUUGCCAAUGAAAUAUCUAUAUUGAGCCGUAUUCGCCAUCCAAACGUCAUUCUAUUUCUCGGUGCUUGCACAAAACCUCCACGCUUAUCCAUGGUAACUGAAUUUAUGGAGAUGGGAUCACUGUAUCAUCUCAUCCAUGCAGGUGGACAAAAAAAUAAACUCAGCUGGCGAAGGAGGCUGAAAAUGCUUUGUGAUAUAUGCAGGGGUUUGAUAUACAUACACCGAAUGAAAAUUGCCCACCGGGAUCUGAAGAGCGCAAACUGCCUUGUAAAUAAACAUUUGAAAGUCAAGAUUUGUGACUUCGGGCUCUCUAGGUUACUUGCUACAAAACCGAUGAGAGAUUCUUCAGCAGCUGGAACUCCAGAAUGGAUGGCCCCAGAGCUCAUACGUAAUGAACCAUUUACCGAAAAAUGUGACAUUUUUAGCCUUGGCGUAAUAAUAUGGGAGCUCUAUACUCUCAACAGACCAUGGGAAGGUGUACCAUCUGUCCAGGUUGUAUAUGCUGUCGCUAAUGACGGGAAGCGGCUAGAUAUCCCUGAAGGUCCUGUAGGAAAGCUUAUAGCAGAUUGCUGGGUGGAACCUGAUGAGAGGCCUAGUUGUCUGCAAGUUCUAUUGCGCUUACUUGAACUUGAGCAUAGCGUUUGCUAAUUGAUUCUUAUAUGAGUGGGGGAAUAGCAGAGUGAACCUAUCUAAGGAGUUUGUAAAUAUCACAAGGGCGUCAAAUGUUAAGAUUUUGUUGUCUUUUUAAUAGUUUGUUUGCAAUUACGUUGAUUCAUCAUCUUAGAUUAUAUACAGUAUAAACGUUAUUAGAAUUCUUUCAUCCCUGCUCUCUGAGUGUAAAAUGACAAAGUAGCACAUAUAAUUCCUUUAUAAUAGCACAUGUAUGUAAGUGUGUGCAUAUAUAUAGGGUGCAGAUCAAAUAAAAAGAGAUCUUAAUGUGUG